AUGGAUUGGAGGGCAAUAACAUUACCCACUAAGCUGUCCUUACUAUUGCUUCUAGCCAUGUUUAUAUGCUCACAAUCUGAAACAGCCCAGCUCAAAGAAACCAACAUGAUCCUACAUUUCCAAGAUUGGUCUGCAGGAGCAAAUGCCACCGUUGUCCCGGUCACCGGCAUUCCCGGCCACCUUUGGUCCUUCGCCGACUUUGGAACUAUUUUUUGCACUGAUGAUCCAAUAACAGAAGGCCUUGAAGGGAGCUCGGCUCAAAUUGCAAGGGCUCAAGGCAUCUAUGUGACUUCCGCAUUGGAUGGUUCAAAUACACAUGUAUUGAUAUCGAUCGUGUUCACUAAUAAAGAGUACAAUGGUAGCACCUUGGAAAUACAGGGUUCCAGUCGACAAUUUGAGAAGGUGAGAGAGGUUGCAGUGGUCGCUGGAACUGGAAAAUUCCGAUAUGCAAGGGGUUUUGCUACCUUUGAAACGGUUUAUUUGGACAUGACAAUUGCUUAUGCAGUGAUUCGAUGA